GUAAGCUGUUCACUACCUUCCAAGCCUAACUCCAGUGAAUGCUGGACAUUUCUUAACUCCUGCGGCUCUGCUUAUCUCUAGAAACUGUGAUUGCACAAAGUCCUAUCUGUUCAUAAACUCAUGACGGACACCAUUGCACUAUAAUCGUCUUGCAGAGUAAAAGGUAAAAGAAUAAAGUUAAUAAAGAGAGUGAUAUAUUAUAUCGUGGAAAUGUUUCAUUUUAUUUCCUAAAUAUUUCCCUUGGACUCGGAAUAUAUUUUAAAUUUUAUUUUAUUGUAUAAAUAAUUUAAGGUAAUUUGCAUAAUUUAAACUUAAAACGCCUCAAGUUGUUAAAUGUAAAUAAUAAUUUCACUUAGCAUCAGAGUCCAGUGUUUUAUUAUUGGAUGAGAUUCUCAGAUAGAUUAAUAACAGUGAAUUUAAUCAAGUUUUGGAAGCUAAUUUGCAUAUUUAAAAAUUAGUUCUAUAAAUACGGCCCAUGUGCAUGUUAAUAUUGAUUGCGUUGACCUCAAUUGUAAAAGUUAAUUCGAUGAGAAUAUAAAAAAAAAUUCGCAUUGAUUAAUUUUCCAAUUUUAAUGUAGAUGUGAGUAAUUCGGUUACAAAUUAAUUCGCAACGUUGUAUCACCAAGGUGCCUAACAUAAACAUGCUAAUACUUAACUGUUUUUCAUUUGUACUUUUAUUUUUUUCUUUAUUUUUUCCUUGAGUUUUUACCCACCCCCCCCUCCUCCCCCCAAAUACAUUAAUUCUUUAUUUGUUUCAGAAAAGUGUUUUUUAAAGAAUUUUUAAAUGGCUUAUGAUCAAAAGAAGCGUUUUCCUGGGGAGUCCGAUGAAGCUUUCCCGGCACCAUUUAUAAGCCCUCCAUCACCCGUGACGACCAUAAAACCAGGCCAACUGCCCUACACAGAGAUCCAGAAGUUCUUUGACGAGGUCAGUUUCAUGCAAGGGCGUGGUUAACAUUUGAUGCACGGUCGGGGCCGGCUCAAGUCACCGGAAACUCGGGCAGUUGCCCGAGGCGCCACGUGCUUAGGGCGCCAUCAUCCGUAGGGCCAUACCUGUGUACGUAAUCCAUAUUUUCAGUACAAGCUGGUGGCCAAUAACGUCUUUUAAUAAGGUCACCCUAAAAUCUUUAACGCUGGCUGUGGCGUGGCUAUAUUUUGUGCCACCCAGGGCGGUCUUUAAUUUUCCGCCCCAACCCCCUCCCCUUUAAAAAAUGGAAACUAUAAACAUCAAAUUUACUCCGACCACGAGAAUUUUCAAAGGUGAGGCGGAUAGAUUAACCCCGGAGGGGUCUAGAUGACGUAAGUCUUAUUUAUGGCAGUGGGAAUACAUGUCGUAUGUCCAAACUUGUGCAUUAUUAUCAGGAAAGCGUGCCAUCUUUCGAGAAACAACUAUAUGGAGAUUCGUGGCGACAAAAUGAGUGGUGACAGGAACACAAAAAAAUUCAGGUUUUUAACAAGUGAGCCUAAAACAUACCAACGCCUAGUCAAAAAGGAUUUGUUUGUGGAGUUAUCCUUCCCGAUCUUGUACCAUUUAACGUGAUGCUAGCUUUAUUUUAAUGUCUUGGACGUCGUUUUUUAGGAAAAUGACGGGACUGCAUCUAGGGUUCAAUGGAGGCGCAUUUUAUUUUAUUUUUAUUUUAUUUUUUUUAAGGAAGAAGAUGUCUAUUUUUUUUUUUGUAGACCAACAUUUCACAAGCUGAAAUAAAGAUUUCAAUUAUCUUGGUGUCCGCAUUGAUGUGUCUUCUACCCCACCCGCCCGCCAUAAGUAUUUUCAUCAACUACGCCGGUCAUGGCGGAAAUAACAGUCAAUGUGUUUUUUGUUUUUUUUUAAAUCCAGGGAUACCUCGUUGUUAAAAACUUCUUCACCAGAGAUGAGCUUGACUCUUGUAGGAGAGACAUCGAGGUGAUGGUAGAGCAACUCGCCCAGAAAUUGUUCAACACUGGAAAAGUGAAAAGUACGUGUCUCGUAGUUAAGUUGCAAACACUUGUUUUGAUUUAAACACAAAUCCCAGUAUAAUGGCUUGAACUAUGAGAUCACCAAUUGUAUAUAUUUAUAGUUUAUACUCGUAAGGUUUGCACCCAUUUAGCGAGCAGUUGCCUUAUUUAAAAUCUGUGAGAAUGAUCUAAUUUCUUUAGCAAAUAAUACACGAUGCAGCCAGUGGCGUAGCUAGGGUUAGCGGCCCCCGGGGACGGGUCAAGAUUUUUGCCAAACCUUUCCAAGAAAAAAAAGUUUAACAAUUGGCCGAAUAGGCCGCCCCUCAAAAUAAAAAAUGUCGCCCGAGACCGACCCUACCUCCGACCAUCCCCUUGCUACACCCCUGGAUGUAGUAGAUCAGAAUAGCGUUUAAUGUAGUCAUGUUUAAGAAGCAUUAAAGAGAGUGAUGGCGACUUUAGAGGGCAACCAGGCAUGUACAAGUUCUUCUUGCAUCACGGAUGGCAAACUUUAAAAAAAUAAUAAUGUUCAUAGGCUGUUGCUUGAUUUUUUAAAAUUAUUGUGUUUGUGAAUGUAAAAAGUAACUGCGUUGUCUAAAAUUAUGUCCGCUCCACAUCUGGGUUCACCACUGAUUUUAGUUAGUUGUUUUUCAACGUUCUGAAAAUAUAUUUUUUUAAUACCAUUAUUCUAUUGUAGAUCUGUACCGUGAGUACGGACUGUUUCAAAGACUGACCAAACUUGAAGAAGAGUACACAGGAGCUAAUAUCCUCUUGUUCAAGUAUCAGAAAAUGCCCGAGGUAUACUUGUAGUUGUAUGUCGAUAUCUAGAUACAUCAUUAAUUUUAUAACGCCAGCUGACAUUUGCGGUUACAAUUUCUCAGAAUUGCCGAAACGUUACUCAGCACAGUUCUUGAACGGCGACUCGCAAAGAAUCGUGUCUCCGGAUCUAGGGCCCCGCCUUCAUAGCCGUUAGUGUGGGGGCACAAGUCCCUGACAAAAGCAUUAUUUAAUACAUUUGAUAUUUUUAACAAAAUGUGCCAAUUCUAUUUCCUUUCUUUCUUUUUUUAAAGUAGGAUACAUACAUAUAUACAGAUAUAUAUAUAUAAUUUAUACUUAUGGGUUUUUCCUUUCUUUCCUUUUUUUAAAGUAGGAUACAUACAUAUAUACAUAUAUAUAUAUAUAUAUAAUUUAUACUUAUGGGUUUUUUCUUUCUUUCUUUUUUUUAAAGUAGGAUACAUACAUAUAUAUAUAUAUAUAUAUAUAUAUAUAUAUAAUUUAUACUUAUGUGUUUUUUCUUUCUUUUUUUUUUUUAGAGUAGGAUACAUACAUAUAUACAUACAUAUAUAUAUAUAUAUAUAUAAUUUAUACUUAUGGGUUUUUUCUUUCUUUCUUUUUUUUUUACAUACUGAUGAAAGCAUUUGCCAAAACGUUUACAUUUGUAUUCUGUACAACCAUAUAAUUAAAGCUUAACCCAUAUUGUUUUUAUUCACACAAAUUGUCUGUGUCUCAUUCAUCUACUUUGAAGGCUUCAUCGCAGUCCAGCACUCUUUAUAAUAAGUUCAUGUAUGUUGCUAGCAUGUCUUGGAAUACGUUUAGCGGUGAGCUAGACUGGUAGCAUCACUUGUCUGUAAUGUUCAACUCACAUUAAGAAUUAUCCUAAAUUAUACUGAUGGCAUGGCUUGUAAUAUCUCCCCCCUCUCUCCCCCCACCCACCAAACUAUUGUUGCCAGUCCAUACAAAAGUUGUGGAGCAACGAGCGCAUCCUGAACCUGAUGGAACAGAUCCUUGGUCCGGAGAUAGCCGGACAUCCGGUCUGGAACCUUCGCACCAAGACGCCUAAGAGCGAAGCUGUCAACAUCCCGUGGCAUCAAGGUAAGACCCAUGAAAGUGUGGAGGUCAGGUGUCUGUCAUACAAGGUAUGGAGGUAUGGAGGUCAGGUGUCUGUCAUACAAAGUAUGGAGGUCAGGUAUCCAUACAAGGUAUGGAGGUCAGGUGUCUGUCAUACAAGGUAAGUAUGUCAGGUGUCUGUCCGUCAUACAAGGUAUGGAGGUCAGAUGUCUGUCAUACAAGGUAUGUAAGUCAUAUGUAUUUCAUCAUUCACGAUAUGGAGUCAGGUCUCUGUUAUUCAUAAAAAAGUGUAUAGACCAGAUCGAUGUCAAAGAGAUACAAGAUAUAUAAAGACCAGGUCAAUGUCAGUCACACAAGAUUUAAAGAGCAGGUCUCUGUCGUGUCAGCUAUGCAUGGUAAAAAGAAGCUAGGUGAUCUCUUGCACUGAACGCCUUAAGCGCUUUCUAAUACUAAGGGGAAGUAAUUUAUUUUGAAUUAAUUAUUGCUAAGUUUGUCUCCCCUAUUCCAAAGUUAAAACUGUCGUUAAUUCAUCCCAAUCAUGACCAUUAAAAUCCACGAGUAUGUGAUUUGUAUGCGCAGACAAAAGUAGUAUCGUUCGUUACAGACAGUGGCUACUUCAGUAAUGAGUCCUACGAUCACAUGAUUGCGACCGCUUGGAUACCAUUCUUGGACGCCACAGAGGAAAACGGCUGUAUGGAAGUGAGUUUUGUAAACACUAUAAAAAUCUCGUGGUCAGGGGCGUAGGAAGGGGGUGCAGAAGGGGUGUUCCGGCCCGGGCGUCACUUUUUCUCCUUAUACAGAGGGCGGGGUUGCAUUUUCGGUCAGCUGCAGUGUUGUUGUUUUUUCGUAGAAGGUGUAGGGGGCGACAAAAAGCUUGGCCCGCCUCUGACGGCACUAACCCUCGCUGCGCAGCUGCUGAUGGUCAUUUUUGUCUUAAACUAUGGAGAUCCUUACAACUGACGCUCUCGACUCAUUUUGUUUAAAAAUCGUCAAUAAUCAACCCCGCCACACACAAUCACACACAAACAUGCACACACACACACACACAUGUAAUUCCGAUUAAUAACUAACAUUUGCAGCUCAUGGUUUUCAUUUGGGCAAAAUUCUGAGCAUUUUGACGUUCGAAAACCAUAUGUUAAAAUGUUCAUUCUCAAUUAGUUUUUACAUAUCAGAUUCGUUUUUUGUUCUUUGUUGUUGUUUUUUUUUUUUAAAUUAAUUCACGGACUGAUUAAAUUCACAGUAACUUCGCAUGGUCUAGCUAAAAGUUCUGAUAAAAGACAAGACAUCUCCUUUUCACCCAAUUAUUUGUUGUUGUGUGCAGGUCUAUAAUUUAUUUGUUGCUGUUUAAAUGUGUAUUAAAAAAAAUCGCACAAAUAUAAACAAAUAUCUCGUUAACGCUGAAAUCCACAGAUGGCCAAGUUCGGACACAGGUCUGGUAAAGUGGCCGUACAUGAAUGCUGUGCUGGACCCACGUGGUACAUCAUGCUAGCCCACGAAGUCAUGAGGGACGCUCUCGGUAGGACUGAGUGAUCGGGCACGUGAAUGAAUGGGGCAGUCGAUGAAAUGAUUGGGCAAUAAAGAAACAGAUGGAAAGACUAAUGAACUGGUGUAUGUACAGGACGACAGAUGGAAUAAUUGAUGAAGGGACGUGAGCGUGUGUAACUAUUGAUUGGUUGAUUGAGAAAGGGAUAUAAAUACAUUUACCUGAUUUUAAUAUAUGGGGAGGGGUAAGAGAUAGAGAUCAAACGAAAGAGAGGAGGAGUGAAUGUAUGCGUGUGUGUAAGGGAGACAGAGAUAAAUCUCGUCUCGUCAUUUUAUGAUCACAUCAACCAGGUGUGGACCUGGAGAAGCACAUCAUUCCUGAACCAGUGCCCUAUGGGGGUUUCAUCCUCUUCAACAACUUAACACCCCACAGAAGGUCGGUACCUUUAUUUUAACCCCACUCGCUUUUCAAAGUUGAUACCUAUAAUAUUUUACCCCAUAAAAUAGGUACCUAUAUUUUACCCUUUAAAUUUGAAACUUAUAUUUAUACCUUAAAUUGGUACUAAUAUUUUACCCCCCCCAGGUGAAACCUAUAAUUUACCCCUAAAAAGUUAGUACCCAUAUUUUACCCCCCUAAAGUUGGUCCUCAUAGUUUACCCCCCCCCCUAAAGUUGAUACCUAUAUUAAAAUUUCGUACCUGUAUUUUACCCUUCUAAAGUUGGAAAUUAUAUUUUACUCCCUAAAGUUGAUACCUAUAUUUUAUCCGCUUAAGUUGUAACCUAUAUUUUAACCCCCUAAAGUUGGUACCUAUAUUUUACCCCAAUAAAGUUGAUACCUAUAUUUUACCAACGAAAGUUGUUAUCUAUAUUUUACCAUCUACAAAAAAAAAAGUAACUACAUACAAUGCCCUGGAGUUGGGACAAAUUAGUCAUCACUUACAUCAAGUAAAUUACUCGAACCUGCAUGGUCCUCCACAGCUUACCAAAUAACUCCUACCUCCAUGGUCCUCUACAGCUUACCAAAUAACUCCUACCUCCAUCGUCCUCCCCAACUUACCAAAUAACUCCUACCUCCAUGGUCCUCCACAGUUUACCAAAUAACUCCUACCUCCAUGGUCCUCCACAGCUUACCAAAUAACUCCUUCCUGCAUGGUCAUCCACAGCUUACCAAAUAACUCCUUCCUGCAUGGUACUCCACAGCUUACCAAAUAACUCCAACGACGUCCGCUGGAGUGUUGACCUAAGAUGGCAGUCCCCAAAGCUUCCCUACGGAUUCUUCGGCAUUCAAGAUGGCAUCCUUUUCCGGUCACCUGGUCAGCCUGAUCUCAAACCCGAUUGGAAAGCAUUCUUCUCGGUCGACCGGAAGCUUGUAUGGCAGCAAAGGUUCUCGAAGGAGGUUGGUGAACCAUCUAACUAAAUUAUAUAUAGAUGUUAAUAACUAUGUUUACUUAGAUCUUAGUAAAAGACGGUAGAUGUAAAAGACAGAGAAAAAUUACUUCUACGUUUUGAGAAUCCAUUACUUAACUUUAAAAAAAAUAAUAAAAUCGACAUGGAUAGUUCGAAAUCUCUAUACAAAAAAUUUCUAGCUACCUCAGUGUUCUCAUUGGAAUAAGUUAGCUUACGAUAAGAUAAACAAUUGGCUGAAUAAAUUUCAUUUCUAAAUAUGUUCCGACAUUACUCAGUCCUUCUUGCCAAAUAAUAUCCAAUUUCCGUCAACACUUUUCCUUUAGUGUCAGAUCGUUGAGGUUAUUUUACCUGGUCACCAAAAUGUCGUGAUAUCUCAAAUAAUUUUUUUUUUGGUUGUAUUUAUUGUACAUUCUAAUUUUAUUUUAAUAAAAACUCGUGGGACUUUUAAGGUUUUUAAACAAAAAAUUGUUUCAUAUCAACCUAGACUGCAUGAUGUUAUUAGAAAAUAUAAUUUUGAAAUCUCGUGUGCUUCGUUUCCAGGGUGACGACGCCAACAACGAAUUCGACACAAGAAUAACUGGACCCUGGAUAGGAAAGUGGGAAGUGGUCAAUCAUAACGCGCACACUGACCUCUUCACAAAGAUUACUUCCGGCUGAGGUCCCUACCGAUGGGCCUGGGAUUGUGUCAUAUUUUGCCCAUUUUUUAAAAGACUGAUCUUUUGUUACGACUUAGCACUUGUAUACGAUAACCAAUGAAAGUAACUAUAUAUGCGUUUCUACUCACGAAGACAAUAAUCAUACGGACUGUCUACUAACUCCAUAACUUAAGAAAAAAAAGUAUAUAGAUAGACUGACCAUUAUUUAUAUAGUGUCCACUAAUAUAGACUGGCCAUUAAUAAUAUACUGACCACUGAUAAAGACUGACUACUGAUAUAGAGUGACAAUUAAUAUAUACUGUCAACUAAUAUAAACUAUCCACUAAUAUAGGCAGAUCACUGGUAUAGACUGACCAAAAAUACAGAAUGACCAUAAAUUAAAUGUACUGUAUUUCUCAAAGAACUUGCAUUACUGACACACACAAAACUGCCUUGCUGUCACAGCAAAAUGACUUGCAUAUUAUGAUUAUGUCCCUUUUAUGUCACCCUCACGGCUUUCCUCUCUUUCUCUCUCACACUAUCUCCCUCUCACCGUUAUGCCCUUCCCUCUUCCUCUGACAAUAUUUCCCUCCCAACGUUACAUAUCCUUAAACUUUUGAUUUUUUAUAUUUAAGAUAAAUGCUACUUGGACCAUAAAGUCAAAGUCCCACUUAAGAUCAUAAAGUCAAAGCCCCGCUUUGGACACUAAAGUCAAAGUCCCACUUUGGACCAUACAUUCAAUAUCCCAUUUGGACCAUAAAGUCAGAGUCCCACUUUGGACCAUACAUUCAAUAUCCCACUUUGGACCAUAAAGUCAAAGUCCAACUUGGAACAUAAAGUCCAAGUCCCACUUGGACCAUAAAGUCAAAGUCCAACUUUGGACCAUAAAUUCAAAGUACCACAUGGUUAUUCACAUAUGAAUACAUUCUCCUAAAGAGUGUCUUAUUUUUGUGCAUUGAUAAAAAUGGCAAUCAUUUGAUUGGUGGGUGAAUUGUGACGUCAAAAGACGCGCCAAAUAAGAAUGGGUCGCGCGCGCUUCGAGUGGUAAACAAUGUGUAAAUAGGAAAUGACGCAUCAUUUUUUUAAAAUGACUAUGAUAAUGUAAUCUGUGAGUUGCCAUUUAAUUCUGUUAUGUCCUCAUGUGUCACGUUUGCUGUACAUCAGGUUAGUGUGAGUGUUGGCGGAGUCAUAAUGGAAGCACACAUCUAAUUUCAGAUUGAAAAAAUGAACUAAAUAAAAAAGGGAAAAAAAAGCUUUGGAACAUGAAAGACGACUAACUAUGUUGAUGUUUUUGGUUUUUUUUCUAAAAUGAAUAAGUCUCUUAGAUAUAUAAUAAAUGUACAAAGUAGAUGACCAGUGGUCAUGUGCAAAGUAGAUGACCAGCGGUCAUACACUUGUUUUUUUUGGCCAAUCCGACUCCAAAAAAAAUCUGUAUAUGAAUAUCAAACGUACAGAGUACAGGUGCAUGGUUUCAAACGCCACCCCCCACCCUCCACCCCCACACACACCAACCCCUUUUCACCCUCACAUCCCCUGUGAUCACACGCCGUCCGUUACCUAACCGCCAUUCAAUCUCAUUAAUCAGCCAACCUCGUUAGCAUUCGGGGCGAUGCCGUGAUGACAGACAUGCAAAACAGCCAACCGCCGUGACCAUAGCCCACAGGUUCGGCCGGUGUUACCACGUCAACUGUAACGAGCCGUGUAGAUAGCAACUUGUCUCGGGGCGUGAACGGUGCUCGUUAAGAUACGUGGAAAUCCUUCAAAGCCACAACUGUGAGGAGACGGGCCCUUUUUGGGCCACGCCCGGCACGCGAGCGUGUUAUCGGGCAGGCUAACUGUGAACAGCGGUUCUCCCCUGAAGACACGUGGAUUGACCGAACCGCUGGGGAUUGACCGAACCGCUGUGGAUUGACCGAACCGCUGUGGAUUGGCUGAACUGAUGUGGAUUGGCUGAACCGAUGUGGAUUGACCGAACCACUGUGGAUUGACCGAACCACUGUAUGAUUGACCAAAACCGUUGUGGAUUGACCAAACCACUGUGGAUUAACCGAACCACUGUGGAUUGACCGAACCACUGUGAAUUAACCGAACCACUGUGGAUUGACCGAACCACUGUGGAUUGACCGAACCGUUCCUUGGCACUAACGUUGUAAUGUUUAUUUGUGUUUUUAUUAAACAAGCCCUAAAAACAAAGUUUUUCGUUUGAAUCCUUUAUAAAAUGGAAUAUCGAGCAAUGUGGGGUGGGGCCAAAAUUUUUAAAAGAUUA